CAAACUUUUACAAUCGACCGUGUGUUAUUAUUUCAUUACUCAUCAUUUAUUUUGAUUAAAACAAAGGAAACCAUGUAUGAGUGUACGACGUAAUUCAAUGAACAACGCACUACGUGAUAUUACAAUGAUAUAAAUAAUAUAAACCCGUUUCAAACUCUUCGUUUAUCUAUAAUGUGGUGAAGAUUAUAAAAGUAGUUUAUUAUUGGAAAUUACGUGUGCACACACCAUGGCCGCGGCCCUCGCAAACGAUUCCCCCAGGUAUCGCAACAGCUUAAUUUGCUGCAGCCCCAGAAGUGUAGACGUUACGUCUAGAUCAUCGUCAUCGACCUCCGGAUGUGUCUCCGCUGACGAAAGCUGUGACUCUAACUACAUUCCCAAGUCAAUAGCAAAUAAGAAACUUAAAAUUCACAGCUCGGCAACAAAGGAAGAAUUGGAGAAAGCGAUAAACCAAUGCAAGGAAUUAGUUUUAAAUAGCCCUCAGUGUUCUGAUGAGCGUAAAUGGUUAGUGCGUUAUUUAGUUGAACUACGUUUAAGAUUAGAAGAUCUGAAGGACAACGAUGGUCAGUUGAGGCCAAGGGUUGCCAUAAAAGGGCAUCAUUUUGAACAACAAAUUAAUACAAGCAACAGAAAGCAAUACUGUGAUCAUUGUAGCGGCGUUAUUUGGAGUAUUGUGCAAAGUUCAUAUGUAUGUACUGACUGUGGAUAUGUUUGUCACUAUAAAUGUGUAGAUGACAUAUGCAGAGUGUGUGCGCAUGUUGUAAUGACCGAGAGAGGGCAAUUUGAAAUGAGUAUAUGCCCUGAAAAAGGUUUAGCAUCACAGGACUACAAGUGUGCAGAAUGUGGCACUGCCUUAACAUUCAAAGACACUUGGAAUGAGCCUCGUCUCUGUGACUACACUGGAAUGUAUUUCUGUGCAACGUGCCAUUGGAAUGACUUAUCUGCGAUUCCAGCUAGAGUUGUACACAAUUGGGAUUGGGAUAAACGAUACAUAUCACGGCUAGCGUACCAAAUGCUGAACUUAUCAUGGUCUCGACCAUACAUUGAUGUCGAGAAUAUCAACUCUAGGCUGUUCAACUUUAUUGCUGAACUAGAAUGGGUCCACAAAAUGAGAAAAGAUCUUGAGUGGAUGAGGAGAUACUUAUGUGCCUGUGCUGAGGGGUCCACUCUCCUGUCUCCGUUAUUUGUACAACUCGGUGAUGUCAAUAAAAAGUACAGCAUGGCCCAUUUACAAGCUAUAAAUGAUGGAAGUCUUGAAACUCAACUAACAGAAUUAACUGAAGUUUGCCGAGUUCAUAUAACAAACUGCGCAUUAUGUUCUGGAAAAGGAUACUUAUGUGAAGUCUGUGGCAAUAAUGAAAUCUUAUAUCCAUUUGACAGCGGAGCAAUAUUGUGCAACAAAUGCAACUCGAUGUUUCACAGAAGUUGCUGGUUAAGGAAAGGACAAGCUUGCUUAAAAUGCUUGCGCUUAGACAAUAGAAAAAAGGACACAGUUCAGUCUCCGGACGACGUUGACACACAUUUGGAAUAUGACAUUGAUAAAUUUGUCGAAUAGAUUUUUAUGUUUGUUUAUGAUCUGUAAAUUUUAAUAAUAAAUAUAUCUAACAAGUUGUUUAUAUUGUAAAUAAAUACAUUAAGGUCCAACAUAACCAACAUUGUUUGGCAAUAAUAUAUUUAUAAGUUCAAUUUAGCUUUACAAUUUUUAUGAAACUAAGCUUUGUGACAAAAAUAAAAUGUCAAUAUUAAAAAAAAAAAAAAAUGCCUUGGUGCUGUUGAUUAAUAAUAUU